UCGGGGCUUUAGUUUACCCAAAGACGCCAUGUUCAGCAGGAGCGUCGUCGCAAUCGCCGCUUUGGCCCUCAUCCAGAUCGCCAGCGGUCAGGCCUCACAGUUCAGCAGGGACGAGAGUCAGGAGGAUCAGAAGACGGAGUUCAACCUGGCCUCCACUCUGACGGGAGGCAUCACCAGCAGUCGUCACCGCCAGCGGGCCAAUCUCAACUCGCAACUGUAUCCGGAACUUGGUCAGGUGGGAGCAGGCUAUGCGGGCGCCACUGGAUCCAUCGAUGAUGCCCACGGCCAUGAGCAGGGUGGCUCCGGCGUACGAGUGGCCAGUACGAACUCCGUAGUUUUUCCCGGCAACCAGUCACCCAAUCCGGCACUCACAAUUACAGGAGGUCACCAGUUUCCCGCCUAUCCUCCUCCCGGCUUUCCUGGACAACAGGCUCCAGUUCCGUACCCAGCUGCAGUGGGCUCUUCAGGAGGAGCUUCAUCCGGUGGUUACCAAAGUACAGCUGCUGGUGCUCCUCCUGGCUAUCCAGUUCCGGGGCAGUAUCCUGUGGGAGUUCCUCCACAGCAGCCAGUGGGUACAGGAGCACCUGGUUACUUCCCGGGAACUGGUGCCUAUCCCGGCUAUCCCUACCCAGGAGUAUACCUGCAGCAGUACCCAGGAUACCCUCAGCACGCCCAGUUCCCCGCCUAUGGAGUGGUUCCCGGAGCUGUGGCUCAGCCCGGUGUUCUUGGUGUAGCUGGCGUGCCUGGAGUUCCAGGAGUAGCGGGAGUACCUGGAGUUCCGGGAGCACCUGGAGUGCCAGGAGUCCCCGGAGCAGCUGCUCAGGGCAAGCACGUACAGCACUAUCCGGCUCACAAUCCCGCUGAUCCGAGCCAUUGGGACCAUCAUUUCGCCAUGAACACCGAGUACAAGGAGGAUGGCGUUCACAAGGGACCAUUUGGAGUGCUGAACAACCACAAUGCCUUUGGCUAUGGCAGUGGUUAUGGGGGCGGCUACAACGGCGCCUUCAACUCGCCGGCCUAUUGAAGCUGGCCGAGAUUAUGGGUGGACCGCCUUGGUGGUGGUGGUGAUGGUGGUGAUGGUGGUGCUGAUGGUGAUGGUGGUGGUGCUGGUUGGGCGUGAAGUAAUCCGAGUCGUAGUCAUAAGUUGGCUGCUGCCUUCUUGGCCAAAGGCAGCUGUCUUUACCCAUCAUCAUCCUGUGUGUGUCCCUGCGAAAUAAACUUGAUUUCUGCACACCCAA